GGAACAUGUGCUGUGAUCACAAAUAUCCAGACUUAAGACUGUGACACUAGUAUAUUCUUCUUUCUUGUUUCCCCUUUCUUUAAUUAUUUUCAGAAAAUGUUUAUGCAGGUCAGAGGGGAAGCGAUUGCUUGGAGAUAAUCAAAUUAUGAGUCCAGCAUCACCUACCCCAGAUUCCAAGGGCAGAUCAAGCAAAACUAGAAUAAAGAAACUUAGGUCUCUCAGCCAAGAGAGAAAGUUCAGAAGAAGCCCAUCUCUCUGGAGUCUGGACCCAUGACCCAUCUGCUUAGGUGGUUCCAUUAUCAUCAUUCUGAACUGGAAGUGAAAUUCUACAUUGGUAAGCAAGCCACUCUGGAAAUAUACAAUUUUAUUCUGGGACUGUUUCGUUUGGGAUAUGUUUAUUGUUUUCCUGGAGUCCACUCUUACUAGUAAUGGUGACAAACAACCAGGAAUCUAGUGCUUUUGCUUCCAAUAUCAGUCAUGACUCAUGACCAGUGCUGCCCAAGAAAAUGAAGAACAUGUGGGGUUGUGCUGUUGAGGCUCUAGCCGUUGAAGUACUGCACUUUCCGAGCUAUAAAUUCAAUCUCAGUUAGCUGUGGUUUGUGGUUUCAAGCUGCAAGAAUCAUACGCGUCUUCUUUCUGAGAGGAAGUAAAGCUUCUGAGUGAUGGAAGAGAGAGUGGUGGCGAAUUCGUAUUUGAUUGUUUCUGAAGAUAAGAGUGAUAGCUUGUAUCCUACAUACUUUGGUAUUUCUUGUGCAUUCUUUGCUCUACGGCUCCUGUCAAUAUCUGAUGUGCAAGAUGAGAGGUUGUCUGAAGUGCGUGAUAAGAUGCUUCGAGGGAGUGCCCAACUAUUGGGAUUGCUGAUGUGGAGAGUUCAGAAAGAAGGAAGAGGUGGGAAAGAAUGUGAGCUUCUCCAUAAGCUUGAAAUUGCUGAAAGAGAGAUUAGAGAGUUGAAGAGACUGAGGCAUGAAGACGCAAAGGCGAACGAGAAAGUUGUGAGCAUCUUUGCUGCACAGGAGCAGAGUUGGUUGAACGAAAGGAAGAAACUGAGGCAGCACAUUGGAGCUUUAAUGAGUGGAUUGAGGAUUUUUGAGAAAAAGAAGGAUCAAGCAAUUACUCACUGGAAUGAAAAAAUGAGGAAAAUGGAGCAUUUGGUGCAAUCUAAGGACAAGGAAUUGGGGGAUAUGGAGCAGAAGUUGAAAGAAUUAGAAGAAAAGCUAACAGAGGCUGAAAAUGUGGCUGAAGAAUUGAGAGAAAAGGCAAAGAGUGAGGCUCAGCAGCAUUCUUCUGAAAUUUUGAAGCACAGAACUGCAUUCAUUGAGCUUGUGUCAAACCAAAGGCAGCUGGAUGCUGAUAUGGGCCGAGCACUUAGGCAAGUCGAAGCUACUAAACGGGAGUGUAAUUUAGUCUUGGAUCAAAAGGAGGAGUCAGUUUUGAUGGUCCAAAAACUAUCUGCGGAGAUUGUAAAGAUGCACAAGGAUUUGGAACAGAAAGACAAGAUUUUAUCAGCAAUGCUGAGGAAAUCAAAGUUGGACAUAUCAGAGAAGCAAAUGCUUGUAAAGGAGAUUAAGUUGUCAAAGGCAAAGAGGAAGCAAGCUGAACUUGAAACAGAACGAUGGAAAGUAGUAUCUGAGUCUAAACAUGAGAGGCACUCAUUGAGAAGUAUGUUGGCGAAAGCAAAUUUGAGGUUUGAGGUUGCUUUAAAUGAACGAGUCAUGAAUACUAGUGCAACAGGUACAUCUCAUCUUGGGUAUGAAAGUCCUGAGUUUAGAAAUGAGUCUGUUGAGUACUCUUUCGAGGAAAAUGUCGACUUAGCUGACAUGAAGCAGUUGGAAGGUUGGGUUAGCUCAGAGGCAGAGAGGUAUGCAGCAGUAAUUGAGCAGAGGCAUCACCUAGAAAUAGAUGCUUUUAUAGAACAGUUAAGAAUUAAAGAUGAGAAACUAGAGACUUACAGAUGGCGCUUGUUGAGCAUGGAAAUAGAGUCAAAGAGGUUAGACUCCCAUCUUGAGGGACUGAAUAAGGAUAUCUCACAACUCAGACAUAACAACAUGAAAUUGGAAGCCUUGUUAUCAGAGCGAGAAGAAGAAUCAACUUCCCUAAAAGAGCAGUUUGCAUCACAGUUGAGGUUUCUACAUUCCCAGAUGAACAACUUUAGGAGAAAAGCUGAGGAGCAAAGUCAGAAAACAGAAACAAGUUUGGUUGAACUAUCUCAGGAGGAAGACGCUAAGAAAGAAGAUGAAACCUCAUCUUAUAUAGAGUCUAACGAUCAAACGUUGAAGGUACAAUCUCCUGACAAAGAUUUUGAAAUUGAGAAGAAUGUUUUGCAUGAGGGUACAAGUCAAGAGGGAAGUGAAACUUGUGCAAGUCCUGUGGAAGUUAUUGGUGCCGAAAAGUGGGUGAUUGCAUCACCAAGCCAGGCCUCAAGUACAAAUAAUAAUUCACUGUGGAGGAUGGAUCUCCAAGCUCUGGGAGUGUCCUACAAGAUCAAGAGGCUGAAGCAACAACUUCUUAUGCUGGAAAGAUUUACAGGAAAGCAUGAUAACAGCGCAGAUCACAAGGAAGGCAAUGAUGAUGGAAAAAGUGGGAUGAAAGAUUAUCUUUUGCUAAUGUCUUUGUUGAACAAACAAGUUGGACGGUACCAAUCCCUCCAAGGGAAAGUUGACGACCUCUGCCAACGGAUGCAUGAGAAUGAUCUAGAUGGAAAUGGGAGACGCGGAGAUUCUGAUGUUGCAAGAACAAAGGACAAGUCUAAAACACUAGAGCACUUUCUUGAUGAAACAUUUCAGUUGCAGAGAUAUAUGGUUGCCACAGGCCAGAGACUAAUGGAAAUCCUACCCAAGAUUGCUUCUGGAAUUGUUGGGAUUGCUGUAGAGCUACAAAAGUGCCCAAGCUUUGACAUGAAUCGCUUCACCGAGUUUAUCAGGACUCUCUUCCAGGAAGUUCAAAGAGGUUUGGAAGUUCGAAUAGCUCGAAUGAUUGGAGAUCUUGAAGGCACUUUGGCUUGUGAUGGAAUGAUACACUUGAGGAGGUAGUGAUGUGGUUUGAUCCACAAGAUUAAUAACAGUAGCUUCUACUGAUUUAUAUACUCAUAUUUGUAUAGCCAAAUAACGUAUAUAAUCUCAAUGCAGAAGAAAUACCAUGAAUUUAACCUUUAAUUUGUUA